AUGUACAACGUCGACUCCCUCCCCCCCUCCUACUACGAAGAACGCCUUCUCGCCGACCAAGCCGCCCGCCUCGCCAAACAACAAACUCAACAAAAACAACAUCUCGCCGACCACACCGCCCGCCUCUCCGCCCACCUCCCGCACUGCACCGCUCAGAAAUCUUCCAUGCCGUGUCCGCAAAGUCUCACAUUCGCACUGUCGCAACAACGACCUUCCAUGAGCCGCGUUCCAUCCUCAUCGGGAGGAGGAGGAGGAGGAGUGUUGGGUGGGAUUUUCCAGGGUUUCGUGAAGGUGAGGAAGGAAGAGGGACGGUGGAGUGGAGCGAGUACCUCGGGGACGUGUACACCUACGGCGAAGGAGACGAGUCCGGUGACCACGCCGGGGGUUGGUGGAGGUAUGAGGGAGGAUGGAAGGAUGACGAGGGAGGAAUAUGACGCGUGGCAUCGCGGAAGGAAGAGGGAUUGUGAGGUUGGUGCUAUGCCGGCGUUCUAUCAUUGA